GAUAUUUUGAUAUCAACUCCCCAGAUGUGACCCGGAUCUCAAUUAUCCACAUUCUCGGGUUUCUCUGGUUUUUGUUCAUCAAGUAGACUCCUAUCGGAACUUGAGUGAGCUGAGCAUCUCUGAAACGUGGUAUGCAUGGCAAUGCCUCGGCUAACGAUCCUCCCAGAAACAUAAUUAUAGCACCAUGUCGGGCCGCGCAGGCGCACGCAGGCUCGUAGAGGACAUCUGCAAGGAGCAUGGCUACAUCCCACCGGAGAUCCUGGACCGAUUAUCCAAGGCCGAUCGCGAUGUCAUUGUCCAAGCCAUGCUGAGCAAGGACAAGCUGAUUGCUUCUUCUAUCACAACGUUGGCACAGAAUCUCUACACAAGCAAUGCGAGAUUUGUCUUCGAACUGCUCCAGAACUGUGAUGACAAUCACUACAACAAUGCCCGGGCCCGCGACGAGGUGCCGUACGUAUCGUUCAACAUCUAUCCAGACCGGAUCAUCAUGGAAUGCAACGAAGACGGCUUCGAGCCGGAAAAUCUCACUGCGAUUUGCAAUGUUGGCCAGAGCUCCAAGACGGGCGCUCAGGGCUACAUCGGCGAGAAGGGUAUCGGCUUCAAGUCCGUUUUCAUGGUAGCCUAUAAAGCUCAUAUCCAAUCUGGAGACUUCUCGUUCCACUUCCUGCACCGGAACGGCGAUUCUGGGCUGGGUAUGAUUACACCGGUUUGGCAAGACCACGAAGACGACCUUGAGGACCACCUCACUCGCAUCACGCUGCUCCUUCAUAACGACGGCGACUCGGCGGCUCUCGAGAAGCAGCGGCAGACAACCGGGCAACAGCUCCGAGAAAUCCACGACACCAUUCUUCUAUUCAUGAAGAACAUGGAAUGGAUUGAAAUUGUGUUCUAUGAUGACGACGAGGAGGUAGAGUUUACCACCACGUACUCGAUCGAUCGUCAGACAGACAACAGAGUGGCCGUGACAAAGCACACCAGCGAGGACGGCGAGGAGCAAGAGGACGUGAGAUAUUACCACACGACCAAACAUGUCGCCACCAACCUCGCAGGAAACGAGAAUCGCACUUAUUCAGACAAGGAGAUGGAGACUAUGGCCUACUCGAGAUCAGAAGUCGUCCUCGCAUUUCCGCUGGAUGAGGAUUCAGUCCCGGUUAUCGAUAACCAAUGGAUCUUCGCCUUUUUGCCAGUUCGGCAGAUGGGAUUCAAGUUCUUGAUUCAAGCGGAUUUCGUUACACAAGCCAACAGGCAGGACAUCGUGACCACUUCGCUCAGAAAUGAGGGACUGGCAAACGGAAUCGCCGAAGCGUUCGUCAAGGCAGUCCUGCAGUUUUGUCAACACGAUACGCUGCAAUACCAGUGGAUGCGAUAUCUCCCCCAGGAAGACGGGUAUCCCUGGGACGGCUUUUGGAAGAGCCUCAUCCAGAAGAUCGGGGACCAGUUGAAACGCACGCCAGUUAUGCGACCGGUCAAGCCCGGUCCUCUCCAGCUGUUAUCAGCGUGUAGGCGACUGCCUCCAAUGCAACUGGAUAAACACGGCAAGCCUCUUUUCGCCGAUAUAGCACCUGAACGCUAUCUGUCUCUUGACUAUGGAAGGCGGGACCUCGACCUAUUGGGGAAGCACGGCCUUCCCUUCAUGUCAUUUUGCGAGGCCAUAGUUCGGGUUGCGCACGAUCUUGCGUCGUCGAAGUCGAGGAUGAAAUCAACCGUCGACGAAGACUGGCAAUCCAGGGUCGCGCUUUUGCUGAAUCUCCCGUUUGCGGAUUCGCGGCAGGACGGGAAGGACAGAGUUAAGCAGCUGGACUUGCUGCCCCUGAGAGACGGCAGCUGGACCACGAUCAAGUCCGGCAACGUGUAUUAUCCCAGAGUCGGCGGCACGGACCUGGACAUCCCCCUCGGCCUCGACUUGAAGGUAGUGGAUCCUAAGGCUGUCGCCAAUGCCCAGAGGAAGCAGCUUUUUGGAUCGAUAGGAGUUCAGACCGCGUCGGUGUCUUUCAUCCGGGAGGCAAUCUUCAACAUCCACACGAGAUUAUUCUUCUCCAUUAUUCUCAAGGUCGCCGCUUCUCACCUCCGGUUUCUUUAUAUGACUCAGCAUCUCACCAAGACACCGUAUAGCUACGACCGGCUUUAUCUCGUGACUGAACAGAAGAAGGUCCAGAGCUACGGUUCGGCAGAUUUCUACAUUCGGGACGACAGUCCUUAUGGAGCAGCCCAACUACUUGACCCGGUCGAUGAUGAAUCGGAUUCCGAGAACAAUGCCCCGGGGUUCAACGUGUCCAUCCUCCACGGUGCUUAUUUCAAAGACACGCCAAUUCCUCAAACAAGAGAUUCCCUGUCGUGGAAGGAGUGGCUCCACGAAUGCUUCAAAGUCCGACGACAUCUUCGGCUUAUUGACAAAGAUGGCGCAAAGCUCUCUGAUAUCUGUCAUUACGUGGCAGAGCACCGACCCAAGAAGUUCCUCGGCUUCUUGCAGGCGACCUGGGAGCUAGAGUGGCCAUUAGCUGCGAUGGAGAAAGAAGACAUCAUCGACGAGCUCGGCUGGGUGGACGUGCUUUGCGAAGACAACGAAAUGCGUCCAUUUGACACGACAUACCUCCCCACCACGGACCUCAAGCAGUUAAGUAGUCGGUUCCUGCUUGAGGGAGAAUACUUCCCUUGGUUGCAGCUGGAGACUGAGCCUAUCUACAACACGUUCCCUCCCCAAUGGGACGCACUGGGGAAAGCGUUUGGGCUCGGCUCCAAAGGUCCGGAUACGACCUUCAUCCUCGACGUUUUGGAUUAUAUAUUGGAUCAAAAUGAAUCCGCAGAGGAUAUGGUCAGGCCAGAGAGGGUCUACGAGCUCUAUGUAUACCUUCAAUCUGAAGUGCGCAAGUCCAGCGAACCUGGUAUACUCGAGGAGCUUAUUCGAAAUCAAUUUCUCUCAAGACCGUCAAUAUUCAUUCCCGAAGGCGCUGAUCAACGACCUGCCUGGGCUCAUGCUGAAGAGUGUGUUUGGGAGUCGCCAAUCGAGAUGAUGACCAAGUAUUCACUAGCGAAGCUCUACGAGGCCGACUUCGAACGAUUCGGUACAGACCGCUCUAACUUGGCCAAUUUCUUCUCGGGAACGCUGGAAAUCCCCAAUUACGACUGGGAGGACCUUAUUGAGGAGAUCAGGGAAUUCAAGUCGUCCGACUGCACUGACUUUGACAGAGUCAGCGAGCUCUACAAGUGCCUUGCCGAUGAGCGCUUGACAGAUAUCAGCGCAGAGCAGCUGAGGAAAACCUUCGAGGCCGAGGCACUCAUUUGCGGCUCUGAAAACCAAGUCGUGUCGUGGCACAAAACCGCCCAGUGUCUGUGGACCAGUGCCACCCAAAUCAGGGGGAUGCUCACUCUUAAAGAGCUGUAUCCACACCUUCGGAGCUUCUUCGUCAAGAAUGUCGGCGUUCAGACCAUGACCGCCAAGAUGGUCUACGACAAGCUGACUGGACCAGAACUGUCCGUGGAGGAAGCGAAGCAGACCCUUGAAACCUUCAACUCUUUGCUUCGGGUGAGUAAACGUGGCGAGUUUGAUCCCGCCCCAGUCCUUCAGAAGACAGUGUUCCCCGUCAAAUUCCCCAACGGCCAUGUUUCACUUCUCAAGGGGUCUGACGACUUUGCCCUUCUGGAUCGCAAAUCCCUCGGCGACGAUUUUGCUGCCAAGGCGAAGUUCCUCGAUUUCAGCAUGGACAAGACUCGCGACUUGAGGCCAUUGAUCGAAUGGGCCGGCCUCGAGAAGAGGUACUUGUCAAAGGUGGUGAAAGAGAUUUCUGCGGCCGAUGAAGACUCGACGCGGCCCAUAUCGUCACCAUACCGCGAGAUCAAGCCAAAAGCUCGUGCUUUGCUCAGCAUCGCGAUGGCCUACAAUAGCCCCAGAACGAAAGGCAACCAUGAGGCGUUCUACAACCUGCUGCGGAGCUCGGAGACCCUUGAGACGGACAAGAUCACAUCGGAGCUUCAUUUGCACCAGGAUGGAAAACUCCUGCGGGUCGAAAAAGCAACGGCAGAUCUCCACAUUCGCGAGAACCCGACUUCGCUCACGAUUUACGUCCCGGAGGAUGAGACCAGCCAAGAUUUUUGCUUCAAUAGCAAGUUGCCACAGCUCCUCUGCGAGUGGAUCAUGACGGAACCGACGUCACGGAUUUUGGAGCAUGUUCAUCAGGAGGCCGUAAAUGCUGUUCAGAGCGUUCUGAACGUCAAGAAAUCCAGAGCGCUGGCGAAGGUCUUGGACCACCAUGGCGUAACUCUCCUCGAUGAUCCAGCCGAAGAGGCGGAGGAGCUUGAGCGGGAAGAGGCCCAUGAGUCUGAGCGGGAACAGGUCGAGGAACUUGAGGGGGAAGACCACGGUGUGGCUGGACCUGCUGGACCACGAACCCCAUUGCGGCCGAACAUUCAGGUGCUCCAGUCUCGCACUCCGGACAACCACAGAAGCGACUCAAGUGCCACUGAAUACCUGGGCACAGAUACACCACCGUCGUCCGUUCAUUCGCCAACUGCGAGCAGAUCCCCCAGAAAUGAGGGAAUAUCCUGUCUCACCGCUGGGAGCAGCUAUGCAAGCUCCGCGCGACCAAGGCUUCAGCCGGUAGAUGUAGAUUCGUCCGUGCCGGACUCGGGCGAAUACACGACUCUACUGCACAAGGUCGUAAAUGCCGCCAGACGUACAGGUUUUCCGUCACAGGGCGCCUUCGACAUGUCAGCCAUUCAAGCUGCCCUUGGGAGCUCGACGUUGGACGAAGGUGACGAGGAUCCCUACCGUCCGCGCUCCAUUAGCAAGUUGGAACGGGACAAGCAAGUUGGUGCCGCAGGCGAGCUCUUUGUUUUUGAGCUACUCUCUCGCCUCGACAUUCCGCUGUCUGGCUUCUCCCGCGCAAACUGGCAAAGCACUAUCCGCAGCUAUGUAACAAGCCACCCGGAUUACUCCGACAUGAGGCCCUGGAAAGGACGAGAGACAGCAGACAUUACGUACGCCGACUACAACAGCACACUGGCAAAUCUGCUCAUUGACAAGGGUUAUCUCGCCUCCGAUGUCUGGGCCGGCGCAAGGCUGCAGUACUAUAUCGAAGUCAAGACGACGACGGGGCCCUGCGAGACGCCGUUCUACAUGAGCAAGCACCAGUACAAGAGGAUGCAGGACAAGUCCAACACGGCCGGCGGUCGGAGGACGGAGAACCUCUACGUCAUAUUCCGGGUCUUCAAUCUCGGGAGCGACUCCGUCGGGCUUAAGGUGCUAGUUGACCCGGAGAGCAUGAGACGACGAGGCGAGCUGGUGUUUACAACAGAAACGUGGGCUGUCACCAUAGGAGCUUGACUGCCUCGUGUUUGUGUAAUUACUUGAAACAUGCUGAGAGACUAAUGGUGCUUGGGGCUUGGCGUCUAUGAUGAUUUUAACGCGUGGCUCUCUUAAUUACAUGGCAGAUUGAAUACAUCCAUCAUGCU